CCGCCCAAAAUGGGAAGAAGACGUGUUGGAGAUAACCGCAAUCAAUCAUGAUAUUUGAAAUAGGUCUCAAAAUUUUGCAAAAACUAUUACGGUGGGUCAUAGGCCAAAUUUUGUGUGUCGAAUCGUCGAUUGUUAGUUCUUAAAACAAUAUUUAACAGUUUGCACAGUAGCACUGGGUAAUCGCAUUAUUAUCCAUAAAUACCGGGUCGUUUGGACAUGAUUUUUAAAAGUUCGUAAAUUGCCGUUACUACAAUUGCUGCAUGUCGAAACCAACAUUAGUGCGGGAUCGGGAAUUUUCCAAACGCUUGGCAUCCAUGGCGAUUACUCAUCUGUCGCAUAAACCAACAAAUUUGAGGUUAUGCGUCAAUAAUCAAAACAAAAAACAGAAACAAGUCUCUGCAUAAAUGUCUGGUUUGUUUUGAAAACAACUAGUUUAGCAGAGACAAGUCUCCGAGUUUAGGGUGUGAAAAGUAUGGGUGAUUGGGAGCCGAAGUCGGGCCGAACGCUCAAAAGACGGCGCAGCAGUGGAGGUAGUACGAAAGAAGUAGCACCAAAACCUAUAAAAGCGCCAGCCUUCCGAGCCCUAGUGGUCGACAAUGGCGCCUAUACCAUUAAAGUGGGCUUCACCACUGAGGAGGAGCCCCAAGUGGUCCCCAACUGUAUCAUGAAAGCCAAGUCGGAAAAGAAGCGGUUGUUUGUGGGCAAGCAGAUUGAGGAGUGCCGCGACUGUUCGGGGCUCUAUUUCCUGCUGCCGUGCGAAAAGGGGUACAUUACGCGGUGGGAGGUGCAAAAGCCCGUGUGGGACCAUGUGUUUAGCAGGAGCGUGUGCACAAUCGACGAGAACCCGGUGGUGAUAACGCAGCCUUUGUUUAACUUCAAGUCGAUCCAGGACUGCAUGGAUGAGGUGUUUUUUGAGGAGUACGAAGUGUCUAGCUUGUUCCGAUGCACGCCCACCGAUCUGGCUUACUUGAACUAUGCUAAGCACAAUAAGCUGACAAAAAGCGACGCCUGCUUAGUGAUGGACUCUGGAUUCAGCUUUACUCACAUUGUGCCUUACGUUAGGGGAAGCAAAUUCCUUAGGGGCGUGCGGCGGGUGAAUGUUGGGGGCAAGCUCCUGACCAAUCACUUAAAGGACAUUAUUUCCUACAGACAGUACAACGUCAUGGAAGAGACUUAUGUGAUCAAUCAAGUGAAAGAAGACACCGGCUAUGUGUGCGCCGAUGUGAAAAAGGAGCUGGCCGAGGCCUCUAAGCCUUUCGGGUCGAACUCUAUCGUGAAGAACUAUGUAUUGCCUGAUUUCAAUGUGAUUCGUCGCGGUUACAUCCAGGAAACCAAACCGGAGAACCCGAGCGAAGUUGAGGAGAGCUAUCAAGUCCUCAGACUGAACAACGAGCGGUUUGUUGUGCCUGAAAUCCUCUUCCAUCCGUCGGAUAUCGGGAUGAAAAGCAUGGGCAUUGCAGAGGCGGUGGUUAAGUCCAUAAUGUCCAGUCCCAAAGAGCACCGGCAGUCUCUGGCGAAGAACAUCAUUAUGGUGGGCGGAAACUGCAAGUUUCCCGGCUUUAAAGAGCGAAUGUAUGCGGAGCUGCGCUCCCUACUACCAGAUGCUUGGCAACUAGGGCUGUUCCAGCACGCCGACCCCAUCACUUACCCCUGGAAAGGGGGCAGCGCCCUCUUGAGGACGCACGACUUUCGCAACAAUUUGGUAUCUAAACAGGAUUAUGAGGAGCUGGGCUCCACCCUUAUUCAGGAACGCUUCAACAACUUCAUGUUGGACAGUCGCCAGCUGGAUCAAGAGGACGAAACUGGCAAACACUCGACAGAGUUUCAGUAUUUAUCCAAACUGAAGUCAGCCAGCAUCUUUGGCAAACAGGAAGUUUCAGCUGCGGACAGUGAUAUACAAAUCGACAGCAAAGCAGUCGAAACUGCUGCGCUGGACAAGGAGGACGUUGGAGCGGAGGAAGCUGGGCAGGAUGCUGAAGGGAACAAGCGGGGCAAAAGCCGAAAUAAAGCGCUUGAGGAAACUGAAGUUGCUGCUGAUGUCGAAGCUGAGUCAUCAGAGGAGGACCUGACAGAGAGUCCCAGCUUGUUUCCGCUGGGUUGCGCUUCUUACUUAUAGAUUUGCUUAAGUCGAAAUAAAGCCUUUUUAUUGGAAGAAACCAAAUUACAUGGAAAAAAUCACGUACAAAA